AUGAAGUUCUCAACACUCUUCACCCUCGCCUCGACGGCCGUGGCAGUCCUGGCCAGCAGAGCCUCGCUGCCGUCGUAUCCUAUUGCCAACCGCAAUCCGUACGUCUCCGCAUGGGUCACGCACGACGCGUCCCACGACUUCCCCUCGGCCCGGCCGUACUUUUGGCAGGGCCAGGCGUUGACGUGGCAGGUGCUGGCCAAGAUUGACGACACGGCCUACUGCCUGUUCAGCUGCACGAACACGACGGUCCCGCCGGCGACGCAGCUCGAUCUCGAGUUUACGGCCACGACGACGACCGUCACCCUGCAGGCGGGCCCGGCCGUCGUGACGCUCGCCUUCUUCUCGCCCGUGUCGCCGGACGACUACGUGCGCCAGUCGCUGCCGUUCAGCUACCUGACCGUCGAGGUCACGGGCCUGAAGAAGCCCAAGCACGGCGACUGGCCCGUGGUCGACAUCAUGAGCGAGAUUGACGCGUCGUGGACGGGGCAGGGAAGCAACGUGCAGGCCUUCUUUUCGGAGACAAAGGGCGGGUCGCGCCUGUUUGUCGUCAACGGCACGCGCCCUGUGACGUUUGGCGAGAACAACCAGAUGGCGGUCUGGGGCAACGUCGUCCUGGCCGCCCACACGCGUUUCGGAGCCGUCUCGUGGCAGGCCGACACGGGGCCCAACAACGCCGCCCAGCUGUCGACCAACGGCACGCUGACCGGCAAGACGACGGGCUACGUCCCGAGCAACCACCUGGCCCUGUCGUACCGUCUGACAAAGGGGGGCAACAACAACAAGCAGGCCGUCACCUUUGUCGUCGGCAUCGAGCAGGAACAGGCCUUCAAUGCGUACGGCGAGCCGCAGGCAUUCUACUAUCGAUCCCGCGUGGCGGCUGGCGCCGAGGCGGCCGUCGACUAUGUGUUUUCCGACUUGGACGCCGCCCGCGCCGAGGGGCAGAAGGUGGACGCCACGGUGGUCCGCCAGGGCGCCGCGUUCGGGCCCAACUACACCGACAUCCUGGAAGCCUCGGUCCGCCAGACGUUUGCCGCGCUGGAAAUCGUCGUGCCGGGCGACACGCUGGACACGGCCAAGGCCAGCGCCUGGAUGAAGGAGAUUUCCACCGACGGCAACGUGCAGACGACGGCGGACCUGCUGCCCAAGGCCUGGCCCAUCUUCUACGUCAUGGCCCCCGACUACAUGCGUCUGCUGCUCAACCCCCUGCUCGAGUACGCCCUGACGUGGCCGGCCGAGUUUGGCUUCCACGACCUGGGCAAGAAGUACCCCAACGCCACGGGCGAGACGGUCGCCGCCCAGGAGGCGCUGAUUGUCGACCAGACGGCCGUCAUGCACUGGAUGGCCUACGCGUACCAAAAGGCCACGGGCGACACCGCGUACAUCCAGCCGUACCUGGCGCCCCUGCAGAAGUUUGCCGACUACCUGGUCGACAACGGCCUCUACACCGCCGCCCAGCAGUCGUCCGUCGACUCCAUCGGCGCCACCGCCAACCAGACCGUGCUGGCCAUGUACUCGGCCGUGGCCCUGACGUCCUUUGGCGCCCUCACCGGGCUCGACAACUACACCCAGAUCGGCCGCCGCUUUGCCGACGUCGUCAUGGCCGAGGGCGUCGCCGGACGCCACGUCACCGCCCACUUUGGCGACCCGGCCGCGUCGUGGAUCUCCACCUACCCCAUGGGCUGGGACAAGAUGGUCGGCCUCCGCACCUUCAACGCCUCGUCCUACGCCCUCCAGAGCGACUGGUACGCCGGCCAGCUCUCCACCUACGGCAUGCCCUUUGACUCCAACGUCACCUACGCCGUCGGCGAGUUCUUGCCGUGGGUCGCCGUCACGUCCGCGCCCGACGUGCGCGACGGCAUCCUGGGCGGCAUCCACGCCUUCUUGACCAACGGCAUCAACAACUCGCCCGGGCCCAACUGGUGGUAUGUCACGCCCAGCGCCAACGGCAAGAAUCCGCCGGGCACGUGGCCAGGCACCAGCAACAUCAACAAGCCCGUCGUCGGUUCCUACUGGAUUCUCUUGGCGCCAGAGCUGUAUGAGUAG